GCUUGCGCACUAAUGAAAAUUUUACCGCCAUUUUCCGGCCAAUCUGCGAACCUGUGAAAAGUACAUUGACAGUCAGGUCGUGUCAGGAACAGAAUCAAAGGCUAAGGUACCAUAACUUAAUCGAAGGGUACGUGCAUUAGUGCCUUAAUUUUGGAUGAAUCUGUUAUCUAUGAUGGGCAAGUCUAAUCGGAAGAGAACCAAGAAAAUAGUGGCAGAGGAAGAGGAAGACGAGUACCAAGUUGAAAAGAUAAUUGACAAAAGGGUUAGUAAUGGUGUUGUCGAAUAUUUUUUAAAGUGGAGAGGAUUCUCAGAACUUGAAAAUACGUGGGAACCAGAAGCAAAUCUAAAUUGUACAGAACUUUUACAUGAGUUUAAUGCAAACCUUGCGAAGGCUGAUGGCCCAAGCAGUUCUAGCAUUACUGAAGAAAAAGAGCCAGUACCAGAUAGUAAAGGAACUGAAGAGCAACAAGAGGAAAAGUCUGUAAAGGAGAGCACAGAUAAACCAGAUACAAAACUAGAAUCUUCACAAUCAGAAAAGAAAGACAAAAAGGAGAAAAAGCCUGUAGAUAAAGAACAAAAAUCUGUAAAACGAAAAGCAGAAAAAGCAGAGUCAAGUGGAAGGAAAGAAAAAAGGAACAAACUUGUUUUAAACGGGUUUGAUAAAGGAUACAAGGCACAGAGCAUUCUUGGUGCCACUGAUUCUGCUGGUGGGGAACUCCACUUUCUGAUAUCCUGGGCUAAUUCAAGUGAUGCAGAACUUAUACCUUCCAAAAUUGCAAAUGUCAAAAUACCACAAAUGGUUAUCAAGUUCUAUGAAGAUCGGCUAAUUUGGACUAAUGCAGCUAAUUCUGAGAACGCAGCUGGGUCAUCAAAAUCUCCUACAGCAGCUCUUGAAAGACCUGACGAAAGUGAACCGCCCCAAAGUACUUCCAAUGGAGAUGCAAACAUGGAAGGGCAGGGCAAACAAGGGGGAGCUGAUGCUACUAUUGAAACGGCUUAAAUAUGAAGAGCUUUGUGUAAAACGACAUUCAUUUAUUUCAAGAAGUCACGUGGACUUGGUGUACAAAGAUAACAUGUAGUAAUUUUUGCAUAUUUGUAUCAUUGAUUCAUCUUUGUUCGAUAAGACCUGUUUAACAGUAUACAUUUAGAAGAGGCCGUUGCAUGGUUUUCCUUUCUGUUCAACACAUAUUGUUUCCUAUUUAAGUGCUUGUGUGGUUUACUUUUAUAAAACCAAGCUUUUUUCAAAUAUUUUUCAGCAGUGGCCAAUUUUUGGUAGAUAUCAGCAACAAAGCUAAAUUCUAUCCAAGUUACGAAAGCUUUGUUCGUAUUCACGUUAACGUAAGAUUAGCCGGUUUCAUAAAUAUAGUGAAAGUUUUUAACCGCAUUCGCGUGAUUUCCUGCAACUCAGAAUCAGGCGAUAUUCUGCAAGAUGCUCGAUGUUUGGUACUGGCCAAAUUUGUUGAACAUAAACGUUUUUAAUAAUAAUUCCGUAAAGUCACUGUACAAGGAUUAGCAAUUUAUUGACUUAUUAGUUUGAUUUUAUUUCAUUUUACUGUGAUAAAAAGUAGAGUAACUUCA